GCGUCCCAAAGCCGAAUACGAAUUUUUUUAUCCUACGAAUAAUAUCGCUAAUAUAGGUAUAAAGAUACUUGUACUACCUAUCUAUAUAUUCUCGAGAUACUUAGUUUAUAUAUACGUAAAAUAUAUAACUGCCGGAAAGAGAAAAUCAGUGAUUUAUACGCAUUUUUAUUUCUUGGUGUGUUUUUGUCUUCUUCUUAUAUUUUUCUGUUUGUUUGGGUCAAAAUUAUCGUGUGACUGGAUUGUUCCGUUCAUUCUCUGGCUAGUACCGAACCAAGUCGUCUGCUUCCUCAUCUAUAGAAUUACAUAGUAUUUUCUCGUGCAAGUAACGCGACGCUUUUCAUAUCGAAAUUGACAUAGAUAUUCGAGUUGUAUAUUAUUGUUUUUUUUUUUUUUUUUAAAGAGUUAGACUCAAGCAACCAUCGUCAUCGCCAUCUCCAUCGCCGUCAACGCCGCCGCCGUUGCAGCAACUGCAAAAGUUAAUUUUAUUUUUCGCUGAGUUUUUUCGCUCACUUUUGUUUUUAUUGCAACAUACGCAUAAGCUAUAUACACAUUGCAGUCGCUAGGAACUAUAUAAUCUUGCGGAUGGCUGUGUCAUCCAAUUAACGGUUGAAAUAUGCGUGUUAACUCAAAAAUAUUGCACUCCCCCAGUUUUAUAUAUUAAAUUCAUACUUUUCGAGUAAUGAGCGAAUUCCUCAAUGUGCGAAAAAAAGUUCGUUUAAGUGAGUGAAAUAUAUAGUUUCCCUUGGCCCUUUGGGAAGGUUCUUUUUUGAAGCAGAAAUUUUAUUUAAAAAAAUGUGCAUUGUGCAGUGAUAGUUAUUUAGUUAAAUAAAGCAGAAACAACAAAUAAAAAUAAAAACCUAUCUAUGUAUCGAGAUCAUCGAAUAAAUAAAGAUCUAACAAAAAUUCAUACAAAAUGGAGAAAAUUAAAUCAUGCAGAGAGAAUUUGUAUUUAAAUUUGAAUCAUUUUUCCAUCACAUCAGCUCCAGUUUCAGUUUCAAUUCUAGUUCCAGUUCCAAUUCCAGCUACAGCUACAGCUACAGCAGCAACAAUUAUUGUAGAAAAUGUCCAUUACACAUUCACGUAGAAAUAUUUUUGUUUUAUUUAAUUUUUCGGCGCACUUAAUUUUAUUUAAGUCACAUAAUUUUUUGGGUAACCUCUGGCAACCCCACCCAAAUAAAAUUACCAUUAAUUGGCAAAGGCAAAAAUCGAAAAGUGCUUAAGAUGUGUUCCCGCAACUUAAAGAUCUCUGUGGUGCUAAUUUUACUAUUGGUCCCCUUUAUCGUUACCCUGCCACACAAUCACAGUUUGUCCAAAAGAAGUAAUACCUUUUUCGAACUGGAUUGCAAAGGUGUCUACAAUAAAUCAAUGUUCUUCCGGUUGGAUCGUAUAUGUGAAGAUUGCUAUCAAUUAUUCCGGGAGACAACUGUGCAUCGAUUGUGCAAGAAAAAUUGCUUUACAACGGAUUACUUUAAGGCAUGUGUGGAAGCGCUGCAUCUAGGGGAGGAAGUUGAAGCACUUAAAACAUACGUUAAAACAAUAAAUGGUGCUGCGCCACCACCAACGCCAUACUCAAUAUAAUCAGUAGUUUAAUUGAUAUAAGAAUACAAAAGCAAAAUUAUUAUUAUUAUUUUUAUUUUCCUUGUUUCGAAUUUGUUUUUUUUUUUUUUAAUUUAAUUUUAUUUUUUGUACUAUUAUUAUUAAUUAUUAUUAUUUUUCUGCCUUCCUCUCUCUCUCUCUCUCUUAUUAUACUCUUCUAAUUUAUUUUUAUAAAUAAAACAAAAAUUAAUCUUAAAAAUAACAACACGUAAUCCUUUUUUUUAUAUAUGCAUAAAUCAUUGUUUUAUUUUGUUAUAAUAAUAAUCAAGUGCAAAGUUUAAAACUUAAACAUAAAAAACUUAAAUUUUCUUUUCCUUUUAAUUGCAUUGUGUCUAAAAAAAACUUCUGUAAGAUUAAAACACACAAAAAAUAAGUCUUAACUUAAAAAAAAAAUAGGAAGACCGAAAAUAGGUAAGAAAAAAGAAGGAAUAGGCAAAAUUUUCAGUGAAAAGUUUAUAACAAAAAGGACAAAAUAAAACGUACAUUCUUGUUAAUUUGUUGUUAGAUACAUAAUUUAUAUAAUUCUUUUUUUUUUUGGCAUAUACAUUGCUAUACAAAAUGAAACUGUAUUUAUUUUUAUACUUAUCUAUUUAGCUUUUUUUUAGAUUUACUUAUAUAUAUUAUAAUUAUAUAUUAAAAAUGUUUUUUAUUAUGAUUUUACUUUUUAUGAUUUUUAUUCAAUAUUCAAUUGUAUUUUUAUAUUAGUUUAAAACGAAAACAAAGUGAUAUAACUACUUCUAUAUUUUUACAACAAAAAAAAAGAAAGAAAAACAAAACAAAACUACUAUAUACUACUCGACUAUUAUUAAAUUAAUAUGAAAAUUUAAAAAUUUUAAAAGAUUUUUAAAUUUAAAAAAAAAAACGAAAAAGAAAAGAAGAUGGCGUAUCCACACAUGCUAAGCAGCUGAAACAUAAGGAUUUUUAUGGAUUUUUGGAGAGAAAAACAGAAAUAAAACAUUAUUUGAAAAUAUCUACGAAUAUAAAAUAUAAUAACGACGAACAAAAAAUAUAAGAAAAGUGCAAUGGUGAUGAAAAAUGAAACUAUGAAGGCUACUGAAUUUCAAGAAGAUAAAAUAUACAACACACUACUUUACCUACAACUAUAUCACAACAAAAUACAUUCAUUUAACUUUUCAUUUUGACUUAAGUUCAAUUUAUUGGCAAAACUGCUUUGGUACUGAAUUCUUCGAAGCAUGUAUCCAAGCAUUACAACUGCACGAAGAAAUGGACAAGUUCGUUGACUGGCGUGAUCAACUUGGAAAGAAAUAAGCUGAAAAUCAAAAAAAAACUUUCCAACUUUUCCAAAAGCUAGACAACAAAAUUAAUGGACUUUUCUAAAAUAAAAA